UUAGCCCGCUGCCCCCUGCUGGCUGCAAGCUCGAAGGAGAGCUCGCCCACCAAGUUCCACUUUAUCUGGUCGGAGACUGGUCGCAGCCAGCAGUCGCAGCCCCACGCGGCUUGCGGCCCCAUGCACCCGCUGCUCAUCGUCUCGCCGCGCACUCAGACGAUCGUCUACGGCGACGCCAACAUUCUCCGCUACCUGGCCCGUCAGUUCCUGCCCACGCUCUACCCCGAGUCCGACCCUAUCGCUGCCAUCCAGAUUGAUACCUUCCUGGCCCUUGCUGCCCGCGCCACGGCGCACGCCGGCAAGGAGUCUGCUGCUGCCGCCCUCCUCGAGCUCAACGCUGCCGUCGAGCCCGUCAAGUCUGGCAACCUCGUUGAUGGCCGCAUCACCAUCGCCGACCUUGCCGUCUUUGGCGCGCUCCGUGCUCAGCAGAAGGGUGCCAUUGUCAAGCUGACCGCGCUGACUGCCUGGCAGUCCAAGGUUUCGGGCUCGCUCCAAGCUCUGUUCCAGUAG